AUGGCUACAAAUCCUAACAGUACUGUCCCAAAAAAUAUCAGCCAUGCCCAUCCAACGACCAUAUUCCGGUGGGUCCCAUCCCGCCGGAAAAUUACAUUCAGGAAGAAGAGGUUGCCGACGGUGCGACUAGGAGGUGAGAAGAAUCCUCGCCGGGGAUUCUCCGUCGUGAAGCUUUUCCGGCGAGUUCGACUAAAGUGGCUGAAAUUGCACUACACGUGUAUGCUGAAAAGACUGAAAGAAUAUUAUCAGUCUGCGGUGAAAGAUAUAAUGGAAAGUGGCGGAGCAUUAGACGCCUUUCAACAACGUCUACUAUUGGAAACCUCUUUCGCUGUUCCUGUAAUGGGCCUUUCCUUCAAUACUUUUCCAAAUCACCAUGGCACUUGA